UCAAAGCCCCUAGUGUGUUAAAUCUCUGGCAGUGCGGAGAAGCCUCUGUGCUUCUGACGCAAGCAGGGGAGCCCUGUGGAUGAGUUGGGGAUGUCUCUGAUGUGAGCGAUUCAAACAACUUGCUAACUACUGCUCUUGGGGUUGACGCAAGGGAUCUGCAACAGUCUGGCUUUGAUCCUGCAAAGCUUGUAAGUUCUGGGAUGAUAAAUGGCGCGUGUUUCUGCUGCUCGCUUGUUAUUACUGGCCUAACCUGUAAUCAGAUCCACACAGUUUUGCAGCUUUAAUGCUGCUCUUCAUCUUAGAGUUUUGCUUUUCCCAUUACUGUCUUGGAAAAAGUACUGGAUCAUGUCUUGCUCUUUGCUAAACAGAUCGAGUUUCCCUACUUGAACUCCUCACUGUAGUGAAAACUGCCCUGGGAAAGAGGACUUUUCUCCUGCAAAUGACAAAUGUGUCACAUUCUAAAGUGACAUUUGGUUGUGCUCUGGAGGAGUUGCAAUUUUCUUGCUGUGAAUGCUCCGUGGCACGUGUUGUGUCUGCACCAGAGGGUUAAGUGUCAUUUAAGAAGAACCUGAUGUUUUGAAGAGAUCUGUGUUAACAGAGGCAAAAUAGCAAGGGGGAGGGGAGGGGAAGGGAAAGGACAGCUGUAGCAGCAGAAUGCGGAUAUUUCUCUGAGCUGGGUACCUGUGUUAUCUUUGGUGUGAUCUGGGUUACAAACUGUGUCCUUACCAACAUGAUAGGGACACGAGCAGGAGCUGAGGUACCCCGGUGUCAGAAGGGGAUGGUCUCCUUGAGGCAGUUCUUGCCAGCCCGUGGCUGCAGCCUUGUAUCAAGAAAGAGUUAUGAGCUGUGGAUGACCCAGCAAAACAAUAAGCUUGUGUACAGAGUGCAGUCUGAGCGUAUUUGGAAAGGAAAAUCUCAUUUAGGGGGAAAUCUUAUGCAUUAUUUCCUCUUGGCUGGACCCUGAUGUAAGUGGGACUGCAGAAAAGGGAAAUGACCCAAUAAUGUCUUAGUGUUGCAGCAGGUGACUGUCCGGCAAGUUUGCUGCAGUGCCGUGCUGUACAUGGGAUCAAAACUGAACAGUCUGCUCGUGGAAGGCAGCUAUGAAGGGAACGUUGCAUCUUAUUCAGAGCAAAACUUGGAACCUGUUUUGUCAUUACUGAUUGCAGCUUGGGGCUUCAACAAUUUCUGGCUGACAGGAAGGAAACCUGUAAGGUGCUUAAAACAAACAAACAAAAAAGAACCAAAACAGCCCAAUGCUGUGUUUGGGUUCCUAAAAUGGCCAGUCAGAAUCUGAUUUCAUCAUUCUAUGAAAGGUAUAACCAUGUUGAACAUCAAAUCUAAGUUACGAUACAUUGCUAGAAACUUUCCAGGAAGAACUGGUGCCUGGUGAGAUUAUAAAUGCUGUGGUUUGGUAUUUUAUGGCUGGAAAAUGAGUUAAACCUUCCAUCACACUGACACUUAAAUGGCUUCUGUCGCCAGUCUUCAUACGUCUGACUGUAUGCAGUUCCUGUGCUUGUCGGGCAGUUCUAGCUGACUGGUAAUGAUAGUUUGUCUCUUGGAUUUAACUGUGGCUUGGCACUAACUGCUUGCUGCACUAGUUUCACUGGUUUGAUUCAGAUCAGAUCUGUAAAUCUGCGCUGUAGCUUCAGGAGAAGAGGAAAGUCAGUCCCCCAUGAAGCCAGGAGUCAGACUGACAUGCACUGGAGGCGGCAAGAAGUCUUUGCAGCAAAAGGAGCUUUUGUCGUGUUUUUCAUGAGCGGGACCUACAGACCAGUCAGUCUGUUCUGCAUAGACACUGUAGCCUUCUUUGUCUGGGUCUAGCAGAGCUGAUUUCCUCCUCUGAAGAAGAAAUAGUGCUGUUCCUGCAUCCCAUGGUCUCUCCCUGUUGCUCCAUGUGGGAGAGUUCUGGUACCAAUGGCGCUUUGUAUCCAGCUCUGUGACAAUACACUGAUUUGACCACCUCCCAUUAAAUGUUUCCAGCGUGAAUAUCAGGUGAGGGGGGAGAAGGGCGUCUGAAUACCGAUGAAUGAGCUGCAAUGGAUAACAAAGACUCGGAAGCUGAGAUCCACCCUCUGAAGACUGAGGACGUAAAAGCUCAAGAGAACCAUGAAAACUCUGUCGAGAGAAGAAUUGUCAGCAAGCAGUCAUCACAACUUUCACGGCUGUCACGGUGGCGCACUGCCGCCUUCUUCAUCUCAUUAUUUCUGUGUCUGAUAAUUGUGUUUGCUUUCUCAUUUAUCAUUCCUUGCCCAGAGAGGCCAGUUUCAGAAAGAACAUGGUUCCGAAACUAUGACAAUGCAGUGGCCUACCAGUUUCUUGCUAUAGAAGAUGCGAAUGAAGACAAAGUGCAAGAUGUCGUCUUUGCUUUCAAAGCUAGCAAUGGCAGCAGCAGCUUCAACAGAACCUGUUCGGAUGAAGGUCUGCCUUCUCCAUGUGCCUUCGUUGCUGCUGUGUCUGGCACAAACGGCAGAGCGCUCUGGGAGAGGCCUGCUGCCGAGGAAGUUGAGUGGAUGGAGUGUGGCAUCAAGCAGCUCGGGGCAGCUGAGGCCCAGGGUUGCCUGGUCGUGGGGAAGCCGGUGUCUCUUACCGCAGUUGACCUGCAGACAGGGGAAGUUCGGUGGAGACAGUCCAGUGACUUUGGAGCUAAUUAUACUGUGCUGACUCCCGUGUCGGUGAUUCCAGAUGUGGAUAGUGAUGGACUUCAGGACCUGAUAAUCUUUAUUGCUACAGCAGAUAAGAUUAAGACCUUCAUCCAUUCAGGAAAAAAUGGCAAACAGAUCGGCUCCACUGGAAGCCUGAACGUGGAUGGGAAAGCUCGCUAUAUCAGGCUGAACCUGGACUCUUCCUACUACUUCCUUUUCUAUACAGAAAACUCUCUCUAUGCAUAUUCCCUGAAAGAUCUCUACAGUGCAGCAACUGGGAUGGAAAUUAAGCUUCCCAGCCUUGAGCAAGAUCCUCAGUGGGAGAAGAACAUUGACCACACCACGCACCACUUAUCCUUUCUCAGCUUUGGAGACAUUCGUUACUUGGCAAAAAUUCCUGGGCGAUCACGGGAGAACAUCUUGGUUGUAAACUCAGAGAUGGCUAUGCUAAUCAAUGCACAAAAUCUUCAGACUUUGUGGACCCUCAACGUCUCCCGUGUUGUGAGUGAGCCGCUGCUUGGUUACUACAAGCCUGAUGUUCUUGGUAUUGUCCUUGAGAGUGAAAUUGGACCCAACAGGAAGAAGGUUAUGAUUGUUGAGAGUGGAUCUGGAGCAGUCCAGUGGGACCUGAAGCUGAACUCGAGAGCAGAGAGCCCUGGGCCAGCCACACUUUCUACUGCUGAUCACCGCUCCGCCUUCCUCAUCUGGGGUGAAUACCAGGUGCCAGGAAAUGAAACGAGAUCCAGAGCUCCUCUCCAGAAGCUGUAUCUUUUCCAUCCUUCCUACACUAAUGUCCUGUUGGAGCUCCGCAAUAGCACAGACCAAAUAAUUGCAUUCAAUGCCACACUGUUUGAGCGGAGCCGUCAUGCCUGCUACGUGCUGUUGAGGGGACCUCAACCCAGUGAGGAGCCAGGGUCAGUGUCUCUGAUGAAGCGUAAGCUGAAGGAGGAUGUCUCCGAAAGCAGGGUGAUCUGGCUGAGCCAGGUGGCUGUGGACAGCGAGCAGUAUGUCCGGGACCGCCUCUACAGGAUGCGAUUCCACAGCCGAGUGUGAGCUUGCUGAGGGAGGGGGAGAGUCUGCCCUGGGCCAGAUGUCUCCAAGCUGCCUCUCCUCUGCAGCCAUGCUCUUUGCAAACCCAGAUCACGGAUUCAAAUGGGAAGCUACCUUUCUCGAUCCGCAAACCAAAGUGUGGCUGGUGGGGAAGCACCCCCAGUGUCUGGGGAUGCCCAGGCUGUGGGGGCAGCUGCCAGUGCAUCUGUCCUCAGAGCUGAUGGGACUUCAGUGCUUGGCCACCACUGAAGUGUCGUCAUCUUGGGGAAGAGGGCUUUCCCUUGAUCCUUCUGUGCCCGCAGAACUGUGCUGACUCAGCCUGUGUCUGGAGGAAAACACGUGCUUGCUGGGGAUGCCGGAAUUCAUUACUUCUUGGGUGCUUGUGUGAGAAGUGGAGCUUCGAUGUGUGGUGUUAGAUUUCCUUUCUGAGUCAGCUCUCCUGGCUGUGGGAGAGCUGCUUGGCUGCAGGUUGAUUUGCAAUUGCCCUCUCCUGGAUUUGGGCCCCUGCUUCAGUAGUCAUGGGGUGUGUGUAGUGAUAGACCCCAGCCGUGGCUGAUGAUGUGGCUAGGUGUUACCUGGGCCAGCAGAGCACAGGUUAAAGUGUCAUUGUACUUAGAAAAUGACCUUUUCUCCUAAGAACAGCUCCAUGUGCCCUACUCUGCAGUCAGGAGCCUACCUGUUUCUGUCUCCUCUGCUGCUUCCUUUCCAGCCAGGCUGUGCAGCAUUGGUGACAGAAAGGGAGCUGGUCUCCCACCUGAUUUAUGCAUCAAUGUUCCUCCCUGCCCCCAGUCCGAUUAUAGGAGAUAAGAAAUCCACCCUGAGCCCAGGCUGGCUGGUCCCUGCCUGUACAGACACCACCUCUCCUGCUGGUUUUGAGGUGCCAGAGGAUCUAGGACAUUUUUUCAGAGUAGAAUUGCACUUUAACCAAUCCUGGGAGCUGGGCUUGCUGCUCUGGGGAGCCCUGUACCUGAGUGGCAAUGCCAGCUGCCCUGCAAAUAUUCCUUCAGCCUUGUAGCUGCUGAGGAGUCUUCUCCAAGCACUGUCCCCUCUGCCAGGAGGUGGGCAGGCUGUAAGACAGGCAUGAACCACCCGGGGAAACAACGCAAGCUCUCUUUGCAGCACAGCUCCAGAGAGAGCUUUGGGCUGCCUCCCUGCACUUGGAAUUGAAGUGAUGCUGGGUGAGGAUCUUCAGUUGCUGUUCUCUCUGUCCAGCCUGAUAGCCCGAGGGAAUGGGACAGGUUGCUGUGUGAAGAUGAUGUCUCCCCUGGAGACUUCUGUAGUGUGGUGUGUUUGCUCUGCCCUGUUCCUUGGUGGGCACCAGUGUGGACUGUAGAAGUGAGGUGCAAAGCCUGGAAAAUGGUUUGAAUUUGCUGCUUAGUCCUGAAAGCUGUGGUCCCCACACCAGCCGCACUGAGGUAUGAGCCCUGUCCCUACACUGCUGGGCAUCCAUCUGACUGGUGAGAGGAAGGUGGACAGAAAACACACACCCUAAAAAUAACCUCUCUCAAGUUUUGCAGUGCUGGGGCUGGGGUUUGGCCAGUGCCUCCCUCCCUUGCCUAGUCUCAGAUUGGGGGGUGUGUAAAAAUACUGUAGGAUGAGAAACUUAAUGUCGGCUUGUGGAGGGUUGGGCAUCAGUUCUGCUCUUGUGGCAACUGCUGAGCUUUAACCUGCUGCAGGGCAGCUGCUGGCUCAGGCAGCUGGUGUCACCCAGGCUCAUGCCCACAGCCUCAGCUCUCCCAGCCUUGCGGUAAAAUGAACUGCAGGAUCAGUGGUCUGCCAGGAUGCUAACCUCCUGCUUCCAGCUGGCCUGGUAGUUGCCUAAAGGGUGCCCUGGCACCCGCUGCCCUGUGACCAGUAGCUCGGGCAGUCAAGGGAGCCAUGUAGGAUGAGUGCUGCUGGCCUCUGCAGAGGUGCACUGGUGGUGGAGUCCAGUCCUGGGGCAUCUGGGCUGUGCAAGAAGCUGGGGGUGCUCCCAGAAGAGCAUUCCACAACCCCUGAUCCACCCUGAACUCAAAAUGAUUGGCUUCCCCCUCUCUUCCUCUCUUUCCAAACUGUUUUCUGAGGAAGUCUGGGGGUGCAGGGAGGCUCCCCUGCUGUGUCCCCUUCCCCCAGCUUAAGUCACCUCUUUGCUCAGCACGGUAAAGACCUGAAGCCUAGCAGCCCUGCAAGCCCCCGUGCCAGCAUUGAAGCAUUGCAGGGAUCACAGGCUGCGCCAGCGCUGCAGAACCCAAGUUGCAAGGGCUGGAUUCAGCCUGCCCUUCAGUCGGCUGGGGCAGAGAUGGGAGCAUGGCUGUGGGAGCUGGGCAGUGGGAGCCCCAGACUUGCGUGCUAGUCUGACCUGAGUGCUGGAUGCGGAUUGCAUCCCACUGAAAUUCCCCUGGCAGGGAGCAAGCUGCCUGGGCUGUAUUCUCACACAGUCACACGGUCUCGGCACUCUCCCUCCGCCAAUCCCUACCCAGACCUAACCUUUCCCAUAGGCACACUGAAUGUUCCUUCAGGAGAGCUGGAUUUUUGGCUUUGGGGGGCUUUUCUGGCUUUAAGUUGUACAUUAAUGUUUCCAGAUACUUUGGAAACGCAGAUUUCCCUGUGGCAGCUCAAUUAAAUGCAUCAGUGCCAAACCAGCACCUUCUUAACAAAACAAGUCCUUUUUCCAGCUUAUUUCCUUGUGUAAUUGUUUUUUUUUUGCAGUAUUUAAUGAAUGACUUUGUGCCUUGAUUCAAUAACUCAGAUGGGUGAUGAUGGCAUAUAUCACUGUGUUAUGUAUUAGUGUGUUUUUUAACACUAAGACUGUUUGGUUUGGUUCUUUAACUUAUUGCAAAUUGUGCCCUAUAGGACUUGGUCUAACCGGAAUGGUUUCAAUAAAUCCUCUUUUGCAUUGUUUGUAAA